CGCGCGCACACACACACACAAUGAGGGCGAUCGACACCACUUCAGAGCGUUCACUCGGAGGUAGAGAGAGGGAGAGGGGGCCGGGGAGAGAGCUCAGCUUAAAGUCACAAAUGGUUUUGCGAAUGCUCCGCAGAAGCGUCAGCUAUUUCUCUGAGAUUACCGUCCCAUCUCUGCCAAAAAGACUGGAAGCCAAUGUAGCAAUCUUAGGAGCAGACAGCGUUGGGAAAUCUGCUUUGACCGUCCGUUUCUUGACAAGAAGGUUCAUCGGUGAAUAUGGAAACAUAGAAUCUGUCUACAAUCACAAUGGGACUGUUGCUGGGAAGAAGGUCGCUUUCAAUAUUUGGGAUUCCCGCUACGCUCAGGAUCAAUUAAAUCAAAGCCUUGUGAAGGAGAAACAGAUCCAGUGGGCAAACGGCUUUGUAUUAGUUUAUAGCAUCUGCGACCGAGCCAGUUUCAACAUAGCUCAACAACAGAUCCAAUUCAUUAAAUCAAUGAAAGAUUACCCUGGCACUUACAGAGCUCCCAUCAUCAUUGUGGGGAACAAGAGGGACCUCUGUCACCGAAGGACAGUCUCCAGUGAGGAGGGUAGACUCCUUGCCCUGGCAACAGGCUGCCAAUUUUGUGAAAUCUCUGCUGCAGAAACCUACCACGGUGUCCUUCUGGUCUUCCAUAGUCUGGUGGAAAGAAUCAAUGAAUCCAAAAUUCUGAUCAGGAAAACAGUUGGGAGAAAGAGCAUCAUCCAAAGUGUGUCCUCUGUGUUUACACGUACCUAAGAAAUGCUGCUGGAUAUCUUCGUUGGGACUUUGCGAUUGGUUUUGUUGGACAUAUUGCAUCGCAUCCUUAAUCACAAGGUUUUCAAGCUAUGGUUUUAAUUUGUUUAGUCUUCCUAUUUUUCGUUUUAAAAUUUCUUUUAAUUCCUUUGUUCCCAUUUUCACUAGUAAGCAUAGUCAUAACUGAUGAGAGAAAGUAGAGCUGAAUGUCGGACAUGCUGGGUAAUGCUGCUUUACAAGACAGCAGCACUGGUGUAUUUUUCCAAGGAAUUGCACUUGAUACGUGAGUUUACAUAUCGAUUAUCAGUGGUUAGUUGGCCAUCAUAGCCUAUUCUCACCAGGCAUAUGCACAUUGUCCAGGAUGGAUAGAGACCAAGAACAGGAUCCUUAACUGGUCUUAAGGAUCUGCUUCAGUCCAAGAGUAACUUAUCAGGUUUUCUGCCCCUGAGAUGCAGUGUUUUAUCUUAUCCAAGUGAAGGCCUUCCAGAAGCAGAUUUGAUAACCAGUACUUCACCACCUGCAUGGCAGGGCUGUGUAUUGAGACUUGCUCCACUAGCCGGUUUGGGCUCUUCUAAGCAUCUUGGCCUUAAUGGCAUCUUGAAAUCUUCCCUGACUGUAUAUGAUUUUCAUGAUAAAUGAUUAUUGCUGUACAAUAUAAUUUUGUUGUUCCAAGAAAUCCAAAUGUUUUAACAUUUAGAUCCAUUCCUCUUUUUCUAUUUUUCUAAAUGGCCUAGAUUCAAGUGUAGACUGCAGCAUUAAAGAAUCUGCAGAUGACAUGAAACUUGACAAUGUAGUAGAUAGUGAUGAGGAUUGUUAGAGGCUAUAUAGUUAUGGGCAGAGCAGGGCAGACAGAGUGCACUGCUGAGAAUUUGAAAUAAUGCACUUUGGAAAGACAGUGUACAAUGAAUUACAAGAUUUUGAAAUGAUGAGGGGAAAGAUUCUGGUGUUCAUGUGCACAAUUCCCGAAAGGUAGUUGGGCAAGUUGGUGGUUAGAAAAGAAUAUGGGUUACUUGGAUUCAUGCAUAGAAUAAUAAAAUAUAAAAGCAAAGCGAGAUCGUACUGGAACUUUAUAAAUAAUUAAUAAAAAAUAAUAACAGAAAAUGCUGGACAUAUUCAGAGAGAAACAGAAUUAAUGUUUCAGGUCUGUGACCUUUCACUAGAACUGAAAAAAGUGAGAAAUGUAAUAGGUUUUGAGCAUGCAAAAGGGGAGAGAGAGGGAUGAAGAACAAAAAGAAGGUAUGUGAUAGGGUGGAGGCCAGGAGAGAUUAAAUCACAAAAGAUUUCAUGGUGCAAGACCAAAAGGAGUGAUAUUUGGACAAAAGAUGUGUCCAGAGAAAGUGUGAAUAGCAGGAUAGCUGACAUCUGAACACAAAGUAAAGAAAUUUAGAAAGAAAUAAGAGAAAAAAUAAAACCAGUAAAAACACACCAAACAAAAUGGGUGCAGAAAUUAUGACCUAAAAUGGUUGAACUUUAUAUGCCAUUGUUUAAGCCUCUGCUGAUGUAUGUGAAUCAUUUUGAGCAGCACACUUCUGGAAAGAUAUACAGGCCUUAGAAAAGUCAGAGGAGGUUUAACAGGAUGUCACCGGGUUGAGGGAUUUAGGUUAUGAGGAGAGGUUGAAAAAGGUAGGACUGUUUUCCUUGGAACAGAGAAGGUUAAAAGGUGACCUAAUAGUGGUUUUCAAGAUGAUGAAAGGUUUUGAUCGCUUAGAGAAAAUAAACUAUUUCCUGUUGAGUGGGUCAAUAACUAGAAGUCAUAUAUUUAAAAGCAACAGCAAAAGAUACAGAUGGGAGAUGAGAAUUUUUUCACACAGUUGUUGGGAUUUGGAACACUCUAUGUAAAGAGGAGGUGGAAGUUGAUUCCAUAAAUAAUUUUGAAAGGAAAGGAAGAUGGACAGGCACAUGAGAGUGAGUAACUAACAAGGCAAUAGGUAAAAAGUGGGGAUGUGCCACUAAACACUACUGCUUUUUCAAAGAACCAACAUGUGCAUGAUGGGGCCAAAUGGCCUCCUUCCGUACUUUAAGUUUCCUGAUUUAUUGUUGCUUAUUUGAUAGAAUAUGUCAUCAUUUUGUAAGUCAAUCACUUUCUGGAAGCUGUCAGGCAAGUCUUAUAGACAAAUAUUGCCCUAGUCUCUGCUGUUCUGGGCUGAUGGGUGAGAUAUCAUCAUUUAUCUUCUCCUCACUCCAGGGUAAUCAUGUUAGGCUGUCCUUUUCCUUUCCGAAUGCUGAAAGACACUGUCUGUCAGGUUGAUAAGCGUCUUCUGUGUGGUGAUCAACUCAGCCCACCUUCAUCCAUCUAGAAAGAUCCUACAAUUUCCACCCGUCCUCCCUCCCAUCUAAUUGAUACUCAAAUGAUUCCAGGAUUUUUGCCUCCAAUUCUCUAUCUGGAUGUUUACUCCACAUAUUGAUCAACUCAUGUAUGAAAAAUAACUUCUUGGCAUCAAUCCCAAUUAUAGCUUUGAACCUGUGUCUCCUGGUCCUGUUCCCAGUUCAAUUUAAAGUAGUAUUCCAAAAUUAUCUUUUCCAACUCUAUAACUAUCCCAAAUAUCUGGUAUGAACAUGAAUAAUUCAUCUACCUCUAGAAAUUAAUUCUAACUGAUUACAUAUCAAAGAUCUAAUUAUCACAGCUACUUCACACCUUAUGAUCCACCAGUUUUUCACUAAUUUGAAAUAUUUUGAAUUCUUUAUCAAACAAUCCAUAGUUAGGUUCAGAACCUCUAUCUCUUACCAAAACAGUUUUUCUUGUGUUGCUAUUACAAGGAACAUUUAAGGAAGUUGCUUUUCUUCCUUUUGAAAUCGAUCCAGUUGAAAUUUCCAGAUCUUGCAACAAUUAAAGUUGGUCUAGGCAGAUUGUUCAUUGUGGCGAAGGUGUCAAACUCUGAGCGGUUUAUGUCAGAAAGAAGGAUCGAAGUCUGGAGGAACAUUUUCACCCAAAGAGUCAUCGAGCAAUAGAGUAAGUUACUAGGGAAAUGUAUGAGAGUGGGUAGUAAAAAUAGACUAAAAAGAUGGAUACAUUCCUGGAGAGAGAGAAGGGAUUGAGAGAUAAAGAGAGAAGAUGGAUAUUGGGUUUGAUCUAUUAUAAAGGGAUGGGCUUUUUGGGCCUAGUGACCUUUAUCCAUUCUGAAAGAUUUUUAUAGUGUUUUUGUGAAGGGUGACCAUAUUGUGUGGACGUCCAUGCUCAUAGCUCUUGGUUGACGUUAAAUAGUGUGGCAAAACCAUAUCUAUCUCCUUCAAAACAAGUUUCUGUUUACAUUGCCUCAACUUAUAGAAUCUGGCCAAGGCUGAAUAACACAAAAGCAUUGAUGAAAGGAUUGUGAUAAUAAAAAAAAAGUCUGAUGUAACUUUUUAAACUGUAAAUAUAUAAAUAGAUAUUUAUAAGUAA